CAGUAUGUUCCAAGAAAUUUAUGUUGCAUUUUAUUUCAAGUAUCCUGAGUUAGUCUUAAUCGAAAGAAUUAGUGGAAAAUCCAUUAAGCCUGUGUAUUCUAACAAUAAGUGGUAAUUCUUUGAAGGCAGGAGUAUGUUAGGUAGUUUUAAAAUAAUGAUCAAUGCCUUGUUAAAGCCAAAUACGAAUGAACAUGUCUGUUAGGUACUCCAAAGCUCGACCAAAGGAUAAAAUCGAUUUCAAAAAUCAAAUUGGAAAAGGCUCAUACGGCGAAGUUUGGCUGGCAGAAUGGAACGGGCAGGAGGUGGCGGCCAAGAAACUUCACCCAGAAUUGUUGAAAGCGGAAUAUGGGCAGAGAGCAAUAGAUCACUAUAUUGGUGAAUUCAGAAAAGAGUGGGAAGUACUUCGACAGUUGAAACAUCCAAACAUCGUCAAAAUGCACACGGUCCUUUUCCCGCCAAACGAGUCACCGGUCAUCGUUAUGGAACUCCUGCACUGUGAUCUUCUUCAUUACAUUGAGAAGUCCACAAGUACUCCUAAAGUUAGUCCAAGUGAAGGGUUGUCAAUUGCUAUAGGAGUUGCUGAAGGGUUGCAAUAUCUACAUGAACAAAGCCCCCCCGUGGUACAUCGAGAUCUUGCUACUAAGAACAUUCUGUUGACAGUAGAUGGCCAACCAAAAAUUGCAGAUCUGGGGGUUGCUAAAGUAUUUGCUGGUGGUGGAGAGGCCCAAGCAGCUACAGCAGGAUGUGGUACUCCUGCAUACUCUGCACCUGAAACGUAUCUAGACACUUUUAACUAUAAAGCAAAAUAUGGUGUUAAAGUCGAUAUAUUUUCUUUUGGGGUUACAUUGCUGGUCAUAGUCGUUGGUCACGAACCGGUUGUCUUUCCAAAAAAAAUAAAGAUAGAUGGUUCCAGGUUUUCUGAAAUAGAAAGAAGGGAAACGCACCUUGAACAAAUAAAAGAUCAUAGAUUGGAGAGGGUUAUUCUUGACUGCCUGCAUGAUAAUAGCUCUAUGCGACCACACGCCCAUGAAAUAGUAAAGAAAUUGAAACAAAUCAAACGGAACACAACUGGAGAGACAAAACCCUUUUUUGGUCAAUUAGCAAGGUGCAACCCAAACAUUGAGUUCAUGGAAGUGUCUUCACAGUCGAGAUACGAUCAUGAUUGGAAGGUAAUUUUUCUUGGAAGUAGUGGAGUAGGUAAAUCCUGCUUGGUAAACUUACUAAAGGAUCCCCAGUAUGAUAUCAAAUUACAAGAAUCAAGCAUUGGGUUAGACUUUAAAGGUUUUUCGUACAAGUACAACUCACAAUAUCUUAAGAUAACGAUAACAGACACUGCAGGCCAGGAGAGAUUUCAUUCCCUACCACCAAAUUAUAUACGAAAUUCAGAUGGUGUGCUUUUAGUAUAUGACGUGUCUAACAAAACAACAUUUGACAUGCUGCCCUACUGGUUGGAAAUGAUCGAGUGGCAUGCAUAUGAGAAUCGAAAAAUACUCCUUGUCGGCAACAAGGUUGAUCUAAGAGAACCAACUUCAGAUAAACCGACCAAUUCUUCAGAUGAACCUUUAGUAGUACAAGAACAUGCAUUGACUUUGGCAAGUGACUUGGGGAUUCCUUAUAUGGAAACCAGUGCAAAAGACAUAGAGAGUAUAUGUAAUAUGCUGCAGUAUAUGGUUGAAAUGCUGAUGACCCCAGACAGUGCUUGUGUUGAAGAUGUCCAUGUGGAAGACGGAGAAAGACCUCCGAGUUCUUGUUCUUCUUUUCCACCAGAACAAGAGAGGAAAAAACUUUGUCCACGGUGUAGAAUCAGUUAAAGCUAAUGGUUUGAAAACAAAUUGUACAUAUCUAUAUCUGUAAUUUCUGUGCCGCCAACUCUGUACUGCUAUCCCAUAAGUCGUUACAAUAACAGCCUGUGACCAUUAAUCUUGAUACUGUUCAUACAGAUAAGGACUGAUAAGGAAAUAUAUACGCCGAAUCGAAAUAUGGCGACCACUUUGAAUAACUAUUGUUCUGGACUGACUAGCCCUGCGUUCACGUGGAAAAACGAUAGAGUUUUUAGAGAAAUAGUUUUAUGUAUUCGAUACAAAGCCUUUGGAAAUGCCUGAAACAUUUAGCGUAUGCAGAAAGUUGUCAAAUGAAAUUACCAAAAAAAA